AUGUCCACGCCUGUGCCACUAAAUUCAUCGGCGGCGCGUCCUCAAAGCGCAUUCCAAUCAAACGCACGUAUCCCCCUCGAAUAUUGCGAUGGCCCCACUCAGCGCAUCUACGCCGUCUCGGCAUUCGUCUUUCUCCAGGCACUGAAACUCUACUACUGGCUCGGGAUCGCGCGUUCAGACUACGCGGCAGAAUUUUUUGGCUUUAUCCUCUGGCUCGCCCUUGAUGUAGCAUUCCUCAUGGCCCUCAACUAUCUCAGGAUUCCUUGGCUGGAACUCCCCGUCGUUCGCAUGCUCAUUGCCCUCUUUGUCCUCGCUAUCGUCAACUUUGUCCUCUUCACCGCAAGCGAGAUAUCACCAACGGCUAUUGCACGUUCAUCUGCAUCGAAAGAUCAUGACGAGCAUUUGCAAGGACGACACACUGUGCUUCUCAAGCCUUACAGCUCAGCUAUUCUUAAUCCCGAUGAGCAAUGCUUCUGUGUGCCGGAUGUCAGCCUUCCUGUCCUCGAUCAGCCGGAAAUCCCCAUUGUCUUCAACGGAAGCGAGCCCUAUUAUCUGGAAUACUCCAUCACAUCCUUCGAGACUGGACAAACAACGCUGCACAAGUUGACUGGACCUUUCAAGGAAUCAAGCACUGUCCUACACAAAGCCCGUGCAAAUCAGGAAGCCGCAAAGACAGUUUACAACCUUAGGGCGAACGCUCCCGGUUCGUACAAGCUCCUCAAGAUUCACGACAAGGAUCGCGUGGAUAUUCGCUUCUACCAUGACAGAGAGGUCUUUGUUGUCAACUGCCCUGAGGCGCGCAUCGAGAACCACAAAGACACUUUGGAUCGCUGUUCAGGAAAGGGCGACGUCGAUCUCCCCAUCGUCGUACGAGGAUUACCCCCAUGGACUGUCACCUACAGGCGUCGAUCGCCCAAGAAGGAGACACAGGAGCUUCUUAUCGAGUCGGAGCCCGAGGGCUAUUCGUCUCCUUUCCUCAAAGGAUGGGCUCAGCCUGAAAAUCCUAACUAUUCAUGGGCCAAGCAGCACGAAAUGAAUCUGUCUGUCAGCUUGGGACUUUCCAACCCUGGAGACUACAGCUUCCAAGUGACGAUGGUCAAGGACGGCUGCGGCAACGUUAUCGAUCUUCAGGGACUUGUCGCCAGGAACAUCAGGGAGCCAGAGAUUCGACACGUUCACGUUCGCGAGAGACCAUCUGUUGCCAUGUUGUGCGACCCGAGGCGGCCCAUCAAGAUCGUCGACAUGGGUGAUUCCCCUUCCGUCGACAUUGGACUCCAUGUCAAGCGUGGAUCGGCACCUUUCCAGAUCGGUUAUGUCUAUCAAAAAACGGAUCUGGAUGAGCCUCAAGCGAUGAAAGAUAUCCAGGUCUCCAAGGACAACACCAAGCCACGGAUUGUUGCGACCAAGCCAGGACUCUACACCCUCUCCCACAUCAAGGACGCUUACUGCGAAGGCGAGAUUGAGCUUCCUCGGGAUUGCUCGGUGACCGUCGCCACCCUCCCAACAGUCGACAUUGUUUCUCAUCCCAUCAACGACUCUUGUGUCGGUGCCAUUGGAGUUACCGUCGACGCAACAUUCACUGGCGAAGGCCCUUGGGAAGUGUGCUUUGAGGUCUGGCGCAAUGGUCAGCUCAAGAGACAAAACGUCUGUCACUCUUCACCAAAGCCUCGUCUCAAUCUCGAGCUGAAGCCUGAUCUGUCUGGCAACUUCAAGUAUAUCUUCAAGACCGUCAGCGACAAGAAUUACCCUCCCAUCAAGGUUAAUCUCCCUCCUGUUCUCCAGAACAUCCACCCCCAACCCUCUGCAGCGUUCGUUAGUGGCCAGACAGGAUUGAAGACUUGCCGAGGCUUUUCAGAAAAUUUGGAUAUCGAGCUCCAUGGAACCGGACCCUGGGAUAUCGAAUACCGCGUGAUCCGUGGCACCGCCAGCCAGCUUUACAGUCAGCACAACAUCACCGAGAAGACUACUACAUUGGCCUUGCCUCCCUUUGAGCGUGAGGGUAUUUACUCUAUUGAUCUCGGACGUGUCACAGAUUUGGCCAACGGUUGUCAAAAAGAUCUCAAAGUGGCGGAUGUGGCGGUCGAGGUCUCCAACGGCCCACCAACAGCCUCAUUCCAGUGCGACACCCCCAUCGAAUUUGCCGAGGGCGAUCAGGUGGAUCUCCCAAUUCACCUUACAGGAGGCUCUCCCUGGUUCCUGACCUACAAGUUGGAAGGAGAGGAGGCUGUGAGCGCAGCCAAGUCAGAGUCGAGGAACGCCCUUGUUACGGUCAGCAAGCCCGGUAUUUAUGAGCUCAAGACUGUCAGCGAUUCCUUCUGCGAAGGAGAGGUCGUUGAGCAGGCUCACCGGUGCGAGGUCGUCCAUAGCAAGCGCCCAACAAUGAACCUAAUGAUCGACUCUAUCCGUUUCCGUGGUGGCCCUCGCGAGAACGUCCCGGAGGGAGAGGUCGCACCGUCUGAGAGGAUUUCGCGUGAUGGCGAUUUCUUUAACCUUCCAGCUGUCUGCCUUAACGCUGAUCGUACUCUGGAGUUGCGCUUGACAGGAAAGGCACCCUUCGAGCUUCGUUACAAGAGGAUUCACAAGUCACCCAAGAAGAACGAUGAGGUGGUAGAGUUGGUCGAGAGAUCACAACACUCGACCAUGCGCAUUCCCAUCAUGACCGAAAAGUCUGGCACUGUCUCUUACCAAUUUGUGAGCCUCUCGGAUGCGACCUACCCCAACGUGGAGGUCCGCCAUGAGAAGAAGCCUGUCGUUUUCAAGCAUGUCGUCCGGUCACCACCAAAAGCCACGCUCGUCAACACCGCCAAACGGGAGUACUGCAGAAAUGAGAUCACGGGCGUCAAGGAGAAGGUUGCCAUCAAAAUCGAGGGAGGAUCAGGACCCUAUUCGUUGGCUAUCGAGAUCUUGCGGCCGGACCAGCCUGUGGCCAAGAUUUACGAACACGAUGUUGUCCCCCGUAACGGACUCUACGAGUGGACUUUGCCUGCGAUGUUCACCGAUACAGGAAGGUACAUCGUGUCUGUUGUUCGGGUGUCGGACGCCAAUGGAUGCUCGGGAGGAGAUGCCAGCAGGGUGGAUUUCGACGUUUUGGAUACCCCAAGCAUCACGCCCGUGAAACACAUCCCUGACAACUGUGUCGGCGACAAGAUCGAAUAUUUUGUCCACGGCAAGAACACCCCAAUCGAGGUGUCAUACAGUUUGGAUGAGUCCAAGCACACCAAGGCUCUCCAACCUGGACAGUUGUUCUCGUACCUAGCAGGUCGACCUGGAUUGUUCAAGAUCAACAAGGUCUGUCAGACGAUAUCCAAGAAGGAGUGCUGCACACAACCCAAGGAAGAGAUGAGGGUCCAGUUCUGGGCGAUCCCCACAGUCAAGGUGGCGGAUGGUGGCAACUUGAUCACAGAUUUGCGGGAGGGAGACCGAGCCGAGGUGGUGGCUACUUUUGUGGGCGAGCCACCGUUCUCAUGGCGGUAUGCGCGCAUGGAGGCUGUUUAUGACGAGAAGCAUCAUGCCAAGCAUGGCAAGCGGCCAAAGAUUCUGGAUACUCAUACCGAGAGGAAUAUUCAGGGCUACACUGAUACCUUCACCACCCUAACAGAAGGUACCAUUGUGCCAAUUUGGAUCAAGGACAAGCACUGUCAGUUCGGAAAGGAGUUCUGA